CAGAAAACCAAGCAAUUAUGCCAAUUACCACUGAGACAUUGAGACAAGCAAAUCAAUAACUCAUGGCCCACAUCACCCCGUCAUGAACUAUUUUAUUUUCCUUUCACUUCACCUUUCAAUUUCUUUUUGAUGACUCUGAUUCCCUUGAAUCUUUCCAAACAAGGUGGCCUGAUUUCUCUUGGAAUCCCAAAACGAUUUUCUGGGUUUAGAUUGGAAAGCAAAAACAGAGAGAGACAGAGACAAUGGCAAUGCCAUGGGCCAUGACCCUGUGGAUGGCAAAGAUGGUUUGGGUGGCUCUGACUGGGUGGGUUUCUUCUUGCUUGACUGUUGCUGAUGAAGUUGCUAACUCUCUCAGAACCGGUGAUAUCGGCCCUUUCCAUGUUGGCUGAUUGGGUUGUCGAAUUCAACAAUCCAAAUCUCUCGGGAUCGGUCGAUGUCAAAAGGUAACAAGAAAGGAAGGAGAUUGAAUAUGUGGCAUAGGGAUGUAAAGCUAUCUCUGAUUUCAAUGAAUUCCGAGACCAGAUCUUCUUUAAUGGAUUUUCUAAUUUGCUGUAUCACUGUUAACAAGAUUGUAAAGUGGGGAAGUCCUUUGUACUGGGCGCGGAUUAUUGUUGGUUUGGUUAGGGGUGGAUUUGUGACUCAUCAGUUGGACUUCUUCAGUCUGUAAUUGGUCCUGUAAAGGUUACAUCAACAUUGUAUAGUAAAUAACUGUGUCAGUGUCUUUGA